AGAGAGAGAGAGAGCGAGAGACUCCCCCUCUCCCUCGCUCGCAUUCAUCCUCACCCACUGUGCUGCUCAGCCUGCGUCGCCAACAGUGGAUGAGAGCAAAACCCUCGCGCCUGGACGCACCAUUUGAGAGGCACAGGUUGAUCGAUAUCGCUGCAGGACCAUAAGUGAGCACAGAAAGAACAUCGCCCUCUGACAGGUGGAAGCUUCCUGAAGGCGACAGUCACACAAACCUUGUUCCUGAGAAGACAAUACAGCUAAAAAAUUCUCCAUCGCUCAAACUGUCCAUCACUGCAAGUCCGUCACAGCAGAUGUCUGAAGAAAGAGCAUGAAGAAAAGCUAUGUCCCCCUGCACUGCAGCUCAAAGAAACAUGACAUGACAUGGGUGCUGUGUUAACUACCAUGGCGUCCAAAAAGCUGUGACUGAUAUAGCAAAGUCCCUUUUUCUUUACCCAACCUCGAUCCUUGUGAAACAAAAGCCUUCCACCCCUGUGAACACAGAUUUGCCCAUCGGUUACCCUAACUAUUCUGUUAGUAUUCAGCUUUUACUUUAUGGUAACCAUGCCAGAAAAAUCUAUCACUCCAACCCUCAUUGUUAUUCUUUCAACAUUCCUCAUUUUCUCCCACGUUGCCAACAUGGUCAGUGGGGACUGCUGGCUGAUAGAAGGGGACAAAGGUUACGUGUGGCUGGCUAUCUGCAGUCAGAACCAGCCGCCAUACGAGACAAUUCCACAGCACAUCAAUAAUACGGUCCACGACCUGAGACUGAACGAGAACAAGCUCAAAGCUGUGGCCUUCACCUCCAUGUACCGCUUCACCAACCUCACUGACCUCAACCUCACCAAGAAUGAAAUCAGCUAUAUAGAAGACGGAGCUUUCGCCGGACAAGCCAAUCUACAGGUUCUCCAGUUGGGUUACAAUAAGCUGACAAACCUCACAGAGGGGAUGAUGAGAGGACUCGGACGCUUGCAAUGCCUCUUCCUUCAACACAACCUAAUCGAGGCCAUCGCCCACAAUGCAUUCUGGGAGUGUCUAAGUCUCAGUAGCAUUGACUUGUCAUCCAACAAACUUGCCCGCAUCGAUCCAUCCACGUUCACAUCUCUCAAUCAUCUCAUGGUGUGUGAGCUUGCCGCGAAUCCCUUCAAUUGUGGCUGUGAUCUUUACAGUUUUCUAACAUGGUUGGAGUCCUUUAACAACGUCACACACACCUACGACCGCCUCCAGUGUGAGACACCCCGGGAGAUGUAUGGCUAUCCCUUGUUGAGCCCUAUAGCCGCAGGUCACUCAGGACGGAAUGCUAAAAACAUCCUCCAAUCCCACUGCAAAGAUGGAGUGAUGAUACAUGGAAUGACAUCUCUUCCGCCAGAUCUCGAUGGUUCGUCUGGAAAUGGACUUGAAAUGUUUGGGGGUGGGGGGUUCAACCAAAAGCCGACACCCUCCUCUUCAUCAACAAAAAAUUUUGUUCCAAGCAUCAAGCUGCAACACAUUUCGAUGACAUCGGCGUCCGUCAUGGUGGAGAUCCCACAGCCUUACAGCAAAAUGUACAUUCUAACCCAGUACAACCAGACGCACGUAUCCGAUGUCAUGAACUUGAGAAACGUGAAGGAGAAGAUCACACUGGACAAGCUCAAACCUGACACCGGCUAUACCUUCUGCAUAGCAUCCCUCCGGAACUCUCAACGUAACAACCACAGUUGCCUCUGGUUCACCACUCGUUCACCGAGCUCACACGACAUACCCCUCACACCCUCAACUACCACUCACUACAUCAUGACAAUCGUGGGAUGCCUUUUUGGCAUGCUCAUUGUUUUGGGUUUUGUCUACUACUGCCUACGCAAGAAGCGCGUGCAUGAUGAAAAGAAAAAAUCCAUUUGUGUCAAGAAAACUAUUUUGGAAAUGCGCUAUGGACCUGAGGUGGCAGCUGCAGUGGGAAAUGAUCCAUCUACGGUUCAUAAGUUUCAGGAGCAGUCUAGGGAUCAUCACCAGUAUCAGCACCACCAUGGAGGUAAACUUUCAAUGUCAACCUCUUCAAGCUCCGGGAUGCUCCAUCCUGGCAAUACAAGUUCCUCAAGACUGUCGUCUAUUCCACAAGUGGAAAAGAUGGCCACUGCAUUCUCGGAAGCCUUGGCGGCCAGUAAAGUGAACUACAUGGACAUCAGAAGUGGAGGGGGAGACAUGGACAGAAUGGGAGACAGUGUGCAUGUUGGGAUGAGAGAUCUACGGGACGAUGAUGGAACUGACCUUGGCGACGAUUCAGAUGAUGAUGGCCACGGGUCCGCAUCAGAAAUCUCCACGAUUGCCAUGGAGGUAGACAAGGUCAACCAGAUUAUCAACAAUUGCAUUGAUGCACUCAAAUUGGAUGCUGCAGCCGUUGCAGCUUCGGGAGCCCCGCCUAAUUCCACUCCCUCUUCCAACCCCACGUCUCCCCCUCCCACAAGCACAUCAUCCCUAACAAGAGGCCUAAUACCCAUUUCUCAAGGACUGACAGAGACGUGUCAAGUCAUGGGGUCAAAUAAAAUCCCGCCACCUCCUCCUUUGCCGUUGAAUACGCCUCUCUCUGAACGUCCGGGGAUCAGUGGCGGUGGCUUUGUUGCCACUCCCCCGUACAGGCCUCCUCCACCAGCCAACGCGGUGCGCCCCAUUCAAAGGCAAAUGAGUGCGGAUGCAGCAGUGGUGAUAGUGAACUCUGUCAAGAAACAGUGCAGUACCACGUCUUGUGGUUCAGUGGGGCAAGACAGAGAACGUGGGGGAACCAGAGUAUAUAGCUUGGAUGUUCCAGAACCACGCAGUCCAGAUGGCUGCAAUCAACAACAACAGCAGUACACUGACCGGGCCAGUCCUUUAGGCUGUGGAGAGCCCCUUGAACGGCUGCCAUUGGUGAGUAGUGUGAGCUGCAGUGGAGGGGGUAGUGUUGCUGGCGAGAGUGUUGGUGUCCAACAUCACGACAACCAGAAGCAGCACCACUACCAUCAUCAGCAACAGCAGCAGCAGCAGCAGCAACAGCAACAUCACCAUCAACAGCAGCAGCAGCUGGACGUGCAGCAGGACUACCACUGUUCGGAGCACCGCCACUCCGUCCCAGCUCUUUACUAUGAAGGCUCCCACCAGGGCUCCCCAGCCCAAAGAGUUUCCUUUUUGAAGCCGCUGACACGCUCUCGGAAGGACGCCGCAUCUUACUCUCAGCUUUCACCUGCCCGCCACCAUUCCAGCUACUCUGGCUACUCCUCUAGCCCAGAGUACACCUCUGAGAGCUCGCUUAGAAUCUGGGAGCGAUUUCGUCCGUAUCGCAAAGGUCAACGGGAUGAGGCCUGUUACGUGACAGCUGGCAAUGCCCUUCGAAAAAAAGUGCAGUUUGCCAAAGGUGAGGACCUGCAUGACAUCCUUGACUAUUGGAAGGGCGUGUCAGCACAGCAGAAACUCUGACUGAAGGACCUGAGCUAAGUUGUCUGGCAAAAUGUGUUUAUUCACAUUCUGUCACGCCUGGAGUGUACAAGGAGAAAAAUGUAGGACAGAGUUUUGCCUUUUUUGUUUUUGGCAUGCUUGGUGUAUGGAAAAAAGUGCUAAGCGCAGAGACUGUGAAACUGUGCCUGGAGUAUCGGAGUAAAUAUGGUGUUUUUAUUUUUCACGUCAUUGUAGCACCAUUUUUUGGAAUCGUCAUUUGUAAUGUUUAUUGCACAGGGAGCAAAAGCCAACUGUGGAAUUUAAUCGCGACCACGUUUAGUGGUCCAUCAACCAUCUUUCUCAGUGCCAUGUUUUGACUAAUCACAGCGGCAAUGGAGCUUUCCUCGCUCUCCAGUUCCGCAGGGCAUAACUGUCAUGGAACAUCUGGACCAAGAUUUGAGAAGAUAUUCCCUCACAAGUCUCAAAAUGCAGAUUAUUUAGUGUGUUUCCAGUCUAAACUGAAGUAUGAGUGAAUACGGACCAAAUUAGGGCUACACUUGGAAGAAGUUUACAGUAUUGCUUAAAUGCUAUUUCCUUUAUUUAUUAAGGCUUCUAUAGUGAUGCUUAAGAACCUGAGAGGGGUAAGAUGCUUUUUUUGGACUUGUGUGGACAGAAAAAAUAAAUUCUAUUAAGCAUUUAUGAAGGCUAUUAAAUAAUAGACACCAGCAGCAUCAGCUUCUGAAACACCGACCAAUUUCAAGACUAAGAAGAAUUUCAGUGGCUACUGUGAAUAUUAGACCACUAGCGACUAGAGUCACUACUUUUUUGAGAAUAACAACACUGUUAAAGUAGAUUUAAAUGUCAUUCACAGACCCCCGUCAUAUUUCAAAUAUCAGUCACUACCUUAUAAAGCUUUGACACCCACUGGUUAAGGUGGCCUCAGUCAUCGUCUAAGGUGUCUCUGCGACUCCUGUCUUACACCUCCAUCAGCGUUCGCUUCGAUCUAUAAACAUGUUUACCUGAAGGUCCUGAUGUGGAAACCACGCACUUAUCACCAAAGGUGGUCAAAUCUUUGGUCUCCUAAAGGAAAAUGUGAAUAAUAAGCAGGACAUUUCCGUCAGAAUGAUCACUGCCGUUCUGACGUUUGUUCUCGACAUUAUUGGUGUAGCGUAACUAGCCGGCUUGUUACAGGCACGUUAUUUGCACCUCAUAACUGUGUGUGGCUGUGUAGUGCGCAGUGGUCAGUUCAAGUGGGUGUCAGCAUGCCUUGUUGGAUUUUACUGUAUAGUCCUCAAUUGACUAAAUAUUAUAAGUAUACUGCCGACGACUAUCUGGCUGUGUAUAUCAUAUGUCCAAUGACAUUUAGAGAUUAAAAACUAUUGCCACAUUUACUGUCCAUCUCAUGGUUGUGACGAUCUUUUGAACCAAUGAAGCACUGUGCAUUUUGCUAAGACCAAGAGAACAUAACGCAAUUCUCUUGUAUGAUUUCACUCCUUCUGGUGAUCCAGUGGUUUAGUACGAUCAUAUGAGGAGGUAAACUGCCACUAAGUAUUUAAAGAGGAUAUUAAUGUUGGAAGGUCAGAGACUAAAUACAUAUACAGCAGUCUAUUGAUCACCACAGGGGAAAAGUUGAACCCCACACUCAAAGACUUUGUGUGUUUAUGAAGUUUUUUGCGCACAUUUGAAACACUUUUUUUUGAAGGCCUGGGUCAACAAAGUCCACUCGCCUUGGGUUUUAAAAUAAUAGGGCUACAGUACCUGUCUUUUCCUGUCGGUAACACAUGCUUGUCUCAAAGAUGAAACCAUCCAAGUAAAGUACACAUAGAGACUUGGUGAAAAAAGUUGUGCACACAAACAUUAGUGGUCAAUAUUGUUAUCACCAAACCACAAAAGCUGGUAUAUAACACAUGAAAAUGAUUAUAAAUGAACCUCCAGUUUGAAUAUUUGUCUCAACAUUUAAUCAUUACAUGAUGUUUCCGUUAUAUGGAAGGGAACUUAAGAAGAAGUAAUGGAAAUGUGUGCAGAGCUAGUUGGAUGAUCUGAAUGGUUCGCACCAUUAACAUUGAUAGAACUUCACAAUUGAUGCUGGCUAUAAUCUUCGAUGUAUGCACACAACCUGUGUAAUAACUGCAGCCGAAGUAAAACACAGACACCAAUUCUUUCUCUCUGCUCCCUUCUCUGCUCACAUUUUUCUCCGAACCCCUGAGGAGGUGGCUCAAAAAUCAAUGGUCUCUUCUGUAGCCUCAUCUCAGUUGUUUGUCUGCGAGUCCCCGCCUGACAUGAGAAAGCCAUCUAAAACAUCUCCCCAGUCUCGGCGCAUCACCAGAAAAUUGCCUCGGUUAUUGAAAUAUUCAUCAUUUUCUCGCUGUUUUAAUGUUAAGAGCCUCAUCCAAUUAAAAUGAGGGAACAAAUCACGGUGAGAAACGAAGAUUGGUGGGUUCGCUGGUUUCAGAAAUAGCUAAUCGAUUUGAGCGUCUCAAGGAAGGAUAACAGGCGAACACAUAAUCAGAAAGAAGACUGCUGAAAUGUUUCAGUUUUCAGACCCCAGUUGACUCUUUUUUCAGUCAGCUACAACUAUAAGUUACAUGCCAAAUCCUUUUCAAGAUGGCAGCGUUCAAAUAUACUGGGGCAAGGACAUGUGACACGUAACUUGUCUACACUGAUGAAGAAAGAGCUGAGCCAAAAGGCAAAGCUCUCAGUUUUGCGAGGUGUCUGGAUUCCUCCUCUCACCUAUGGUCUCAAGGUUUAGUUCAGGGGUGUCCACUAGAACCCCAACGGGCCACGUAGGUGCAGGUUUGUAUAAGACUCUAAUAAGUUGACUGGCAGUCUGCUAGUUUAGUUGAAACCAAAACCAACACCCACACCUCUCUUUUGGGAAUCAGUUUGACAGCCCUGCCUUAGCUAGCAGUGGAAAGAAAAGGACAGGCAGCCAAAAUUAUUUUUCUCUUAAGGGCAUCUUUAUGAGAGUCAUUUUGAGAGUGGAGUUAGGGAUGGGGUUCGGGGUUCGAGCUCAAGUACUGAGUAAAGCCUGCCACCUUGGAUGACAAAGGACCGAAAAGUGUUCAUAAAAGUUUUAAAACUUGGUCUGUGCAGCUCUGUAUUCAACGUGUUUUCUGUUCAUGAAUUUGGAAUUUCUCCUCCUGACUCUCCCAUAAGGCGGCUACAGAGUGAGUCAGGAGUGAGUCAGUCUACCUAAAUUGAGAUGACUCGGCUUCUGAUCGGAGGGAAAUAGGCAAGGUCUUCAAAAGGAAAGGACGGAGCCAGGCUGCAGACGGGUUUCCAGCCAGCAACACCGGCUAACUUGGUCAACUACAAAGCUGAUUUUGAUUCAGUGGAACUACCUCGGCAACAGUUUAGCCACGACAGACCCUUCAUUUGUUCUAUUUCUCCCACCUAUUCCUAUCAUGGGUCAAUGGGAGCUUAUUAGGGAGAGGCCAUUGCAGGACUCAUACCGAGAAACACUCUCAUGUCAAACUUUUUACACAAACUUGCAUGGGAUUUCUUCAAACCGAUUACACAAUAGCAUUACAGAAGCAAGAAUAAAUUAUUUUUAAGUUUCACUUCAUACAUGAAACACUGCUCUGUUGCAGUGAAAGAAUCACAUCAAAUAUAUAAACUGGUUUCUCUGCGGUUUAACUUCCAAAGAAGGAUGAAGGACUUAAAAAAAAAACCCUGUGAAAUAUAUGUGAAUUUUGUACACUAGAAAAAAGAAAAAAAAAGCCUCUAUGGAUGUUUUAUACUCAGCCUGAUCUAUUAAUAUGUCUGUGUUUCUCUAUUUUCAUUUGGCUACUUUUUUUUGUAUCUACUUGAAUAUGUUUUAUUUGAAGGCCAUGCUUUUAUUUUCCAACAAAUCAAUGGACUGACUAAAGAAGGAUGUAUGUUUACGAAGAGAAGAAUCUUAUCAUAGUGUGCUUACAUUAAAAGCUGUUAUAUUUGCAUGAAUACCCCUGUAUUUUUCAAGAGACAAAAAAAUAUAUUGUUGUGUAUACUAAAGAAAAACAGAAACUGUAUCGGGGCUGUACUGUCACGUUCCAUUUGAGUUGAACUAUUCUGUAACAUUUACUCUUUUUACUUCUCAGUUUUUCUACUUUGAGUGAUUGUAUUAUAAAAACGCGACUCUUUAUAGUCAAAGUGGGCUGUGUGUGCUGUGCAGCGGAGGGUAAAAUCCCGUACUCUUGUUUACGUCCAUCUGUGCAUUCGACAAGAAGGAAGUUACAUAAGGAAUUGGAACAAAAGUAUCUUUCGUUUGUAACAAUACUAAGCCCAAUUUAUUUCCUAUACUUCUGUUCUCUCAGAUCUUCACAUCAACAUAAUAAUACAGUUAUAAACCAGGGCUAAAUUGUCAUGAUCAGAUUCCCAGUUCCAUUCAAUUUUCCACCGGCUACUUGGGGGCAGAGGCAGGGCACACCCUGGGCCACUGUGUUGUUGGUCUGCAGGAGGAAAUCGGAGUGUUCCGUAUGAUGGAUAUGGGAUAAAUAAAUGGGAACCAUCCAUUGAAAGCAUAUUCCCCUGUACUCGCAGGAUUCAGUAUUACCCUUCCAGACCCACUAAUCUGGCUAUGAAACUUCAUGUACAAAAUACUGCUAAAUAGACUGAAAGCAAGUCUGUUUCCAUACACCAAACCUGAAAAUCUGCCCCAUGCGACAUUUCCGUAUCCGAGAGAAACAUGUGGCAAGGUGUUAAAGGUAAUCUAUAUUCAUGUCCUCUGAUGCUAUGACUGCUUUUGUCAACCUGCCACUACCACCUGACACGUUGUAAAAUACAUUUCCAUCUGUAUCACACCUUCAUGAGUCAUUGUCGAAUCAUUUUCUUACGUGUGUGGGUGAAUUGUGCUACACUGGAGGACGGAAAGAGUCGCCAGUCGACUAGUCCCAUGAUCGUCCUGGAUGCAGAUCAUCAGUGGCACCGCCCUCCUGGUUCAUACGGGAACAGCAAAAACCGUCUGGAUGAUGGAGUCCUUUGCUUUCUUAAGAUAUUUGUUGCUUCAAUUAACAUUUCCCCCUCUUCUGUACAAAAGAUCUAUUUCUAUAUUUGCAAUAAAUUUGUAAUAAA